CCAUAAUUUCUUAACCGGUGCGCGCGUGUGUGUAUGUGUAUGUGUGUAUGUGUGUGUGUGCGGCCCCCCUCCCUCCUCCCCAUCCCUCCCCAGGAAAUCAAAUGUCAUUACCGGACGCGGGAUAAUUUGGGCGAUCACUCCUGCUCUCUUUUAUUUUUUUAAAUUAUUAUUAUUAUUAUUAUUAUUAUUAUUUUUUGACAAUGCCAGCGGCGGGGACCGGCCGCACCUUCACCACCACCACCACUAACACCGUGAUCGGAUCCUCGGCGCCGCCGCUGCUGCUGCUCCUGCUCCCCGCUGAAGACGCCUCCUAAGCCUCCUGCUCGGAUGGUUUAGCUCGCAGAGACUGCAGCUGUCAUUGAUCCUCUGCCAGCCUGAUAGUAAAGGAAUAAAUUCGCCAAGAUGAUGUGCGAGGUGAUGCCCACCAUCAGCGAGGACACGGCGCUGAGCCAACGCGGCUCUCAGAGCAGCGCCUCGGACCCGGACUCCCACUUUGAGCAGCUGAUGGUCAACAUGUUGGACGAGAGGGACCGGCUGCUGGACACGCUGAGAGAGACCCAGGAGAGCCUCGGUUUGGCCCAGCAGCAUCUUCAGGACGUCAUCUACGACCGCGAUUCUCUGCAGCGCCAGCUCAGCUCCGCCCUGCCGCAGGAGUUUGCGGCGCUGACCAAGGAGUUGAACGCCUGCAGGGAGCAGCUGCUGGAGAAGGAGGAGGAGAUCUCUGAGCUCAAGGCCGAGAGGAACAACACCAGGCUACUCUUGGAGCAUCUGGAGUGCCUGGUGUCCAGACACGAGCGGUCACUCCGUAUGACCGUGGUCAAGCGGCAGGCUCAGUCACCCUCGGGUGUCUCCAGUGAAGUCGAGGUCCUCAAAGCUCUCAAGUCCUUGUUCGAACACCAUAAAGCCCUAGAUGAGAAGGUAAGAGAGAGACUACGAGUGUCGCUGGAGAGGGUGUCCGCCUUGGAGGAGGAGCUCACAGCAGCCAAUCAGGAGAUCGUGGCCUUACGGGAACAAAAUGCUCACAUUCAGAGAAAAGUGGCUUCCGGAGAGGGUGGAGAGGACAUACUGGAAGGCAGCGAAGCUCAACAGAAGGUCCAUGGCAAGCGUCUGUCCAACGGCUCUCUGGAGUCGGCCCACGAGGCGAGCCAGGUGGUGGAGCUGCAGGACCUGCUGGAGAAGCAGAACUACGAGCUGGCGCAGAUGAAGGAGCGCAUGUCCUCCCUCUCCUCCCGGGUCUCCGAGGUGGAGCAGGAGCUGGAGACUGCCCGCAAGGACCUCAUCAAAUCAGAGGAGAUGAACAACAAGUACCAGAGGGACAUCAAAGAGGCCAUGUGUCAGAAAGAGGACAUGGAGGAACGCAUCGUAACGUUGGAAAAACGCUACCUGAGCGCGCAGCGGGAGUCCACCUCGGUGCACGACAUCAACGACAAACUGGAGAACGAGUUGGCCAAUAAGGAAGCGUUCCUCAGACAGAUGGAGGAGAAGAACAGGCAGCUACAGGAGAGGUUGGAGCUGGCCGAGCAGAAGCUCCAGCAGACCAUGAGAAAGGCCGAGACGUUGCCGGAGGUCGAGGCCGAACUGGCCCAGAGGAUAGCGGCCCUCACCAAGGCGGAAGAGCGUCACGGGAGCAUUGAGGAGCGAAUGAGGCACUUGGAAUGCCAGCUGGAGGAGAAGAACCAGGAGCUGCUAAGGGCUCGACAGAGAGAAAAGAUGAACGAGGAGCACAACAAGCGGCUCUCGGACACGGUGGACCGACUCCUCACAGAGUCCAACGAGCGUCUUCAGCUCCACCUGAAGGAGAGGAUGGCAGCUCUGGAAGAAAAGAAUCUGUUGAUCCAAGACUCUGAAGGUUACAGAAAACAGUACGAGGAGUCGAUCCAAGAAAAAUCGCAGCUGGCAGAGGAGAUCGAGAAACUGAGGUCGGAGCUCGACCAGUUCAGAUUGAGGGCAGGCUCCCUCACAGAACCCACCCUGUCACGGUCUCAUCUGGACACGUCGGCUGAGCUCCGAUUCUCGUUGGGAUCUCUGGCUGAAACCCAGUCGGACCACUACCGCUCAGCCAAGGUCAUCCGCCGGCCGAGGAGAGGCCGAAUGGGUCUGCGUGAAACCAAGGCUAAAUCGUUGGGGGAGCACGAAUGGCGCUCGCAGCAGCUCGGGGUCCUGGGUGGCCACCACUUCGAGAGCGACACGGAGAUGUCGGACAUCGACGACGACGACAGGGAAACGUUGUUCAGCUCCAUGGAUCUGCUCUCGCCCAGCGGCCACUCCGAUGCACAAACUCUGGCCAUGAUGCUGCAGGAGCAACUGGACGCAAUCAACAAAGAGAUUCGGCUGAUCCAGGAGGAGAAGGAGUCGACGGAGCUGCGGGCGGAGGAGAUUGAAAACCGGGUGGCCAGCGUCAGCCUCGAGGGCCUCAACCUGGCUCGAAUGCACCACCACGGAGCCUCCAUCACUGCCUCGGCCACCGCCUCUUCCUUGGCCUCCUCCUCCCCGCCCAGCGGACACUCUACCCCCAAACUCGACCCUCGAAGCCCCGCACGGGACAUGGAGCGCAUGGGGGUGAUGACACUGCCCAGCGAUCUGAGGAAACACAGGAGAAAGAUCGCAGCGGUGGACGAGGACGGCCGCGAGGACAAGGCCACCAUAAAGUGCGAGACAUCUCCACCUGCGACGCCGCGCACCGUCCGAAUGACGCACACACUGCCAGCCUCCUCGCACAACGACGCACGAGGGAUCGUGGCCUCUCUGGAGGCAGAGGCCAGCGCACUGAGCAGCGUAGCCAGCAGCCAAGACUCCCUCCACAAGCAGCCAAAGAAGAAGGGCAUCAAAUCCUCCAUCGGACGGCUUUUUGGCAAGAAGGAGAAAGGCAGACUGGCACAUCUGGCGCACAGACACGUCAUGGUCGAUCCACAAGCGACGAUGAUGGACCCGGACAUGGCGGGCCAGGACAUGGGGGUGGGCAAGCUGGGAACGCAGGCGGAGAAGGACCGCAGGUUGAAAAAGAACGGACACGAGCUAUUGGAGGAGGCCAGGAGAAAGGGUUUACCUUUCGCCCAAUGGGACGGGCCCACAGUCGUAGCCUGGCUGGAGCUGUGGUUGGGAAUGCCGGCGUGGUACGUGGCGGCAUGCCGCGCCAACGUGAAGAGCGGCGCCAUCAUGUCGGCCCUGUCCGACACGGAGAUCCAGAGGGAGAUCGGCAUCAGUAACCCGCUGCACCGGCUCAAGCUUCGCCUCGCCAUCCAGGAGAUGGUCUCCCUCACCAGCCCAUCUGCACCGCCCACCUCCAGAACCCCGUCAGGCAAUGUAUGGGUGACCCAUGAGGAGAUGGAGACCAUGGCAGCCCCUUCCAAAACGAAGUCACAGUCUGAAGAGGGGAGCUGGGCACAGACUCUAGCGUAUGGCGACAUGAACCACGAGUGGAUAGGGAACGAGUGGCUGCCCAGUCUAGGACUACCUCAGUACCGCAGCUACUUCAUGGAGUGCCUGGUGGAUGCGCGCAUGCUGGACCACCUCACCAAGAAGGACCUGAGGGUGCACCUCAAAAUGGUGGACAGCUUCCACAGAACAAGUUUACAGUAUGGUAUCAUGGGUCUGAAGAAGCUCAACUAUGACCGGAAAGAACUGGAGAGACGCAGAGAGCACAGCCAGCAUGAAAUGAGAGACGUACUGGUGUGGAGUAACGAGCGGGUCAUCCGCUGGGUGCAGAGCAUAGGCCUGAGGGACUACGCCAACAUCCUGCUGGAGAGCGGCGUACACGGAGCUCUGGUCGCCUUGGACGACAACUUCGACUACAUCAGUCUCGCGCUGCUCCUCCAGAUCCCCAACCAAAACACUCAGGCACGUCAGAUUCUGGAGCGAGAGUACAAUAAUCUGCUGGCGCUGGGCACCGACAGGAGACUGGAUGAGUGUGACGACAAAGACUUCAGAGGUCCGUCGUGGAGGAGUAGGCAGUUCCCGCCCCGUGACGUUCACGGUAUAAGUAUGAUGCCCGGGUCAGCAGAGACGCUCCCUGCUGGAUUCCGUCUCACAGCGACGUCCGGUCACUCCCGAAGACUUCCCCCCGAGGUCCUCUAUGAGGCGCUGGAUGACAGUCCUGACGACAUGUAUUUGGAUUGGUUUCAAGUCGGACCCUCUGCAGUGCAGCGGCUGGACAGCUCCACGGUGAGAACCUACUCCUGCUGAGAGGAGGAGGAAGAGAGAGGGACCUUAAACUGUACGCUGUACAGUUCUGAAUGGAGAUGAACUAGGGGAGCUGCUGGACGGGCCAACCUGCCGAGGAACAAACCAUUCUGAUGACACGCACUGCCAAGAAGCCCUGCUCCCCUCUCCUCCCUGACCCCUUCCCCUUCCCUUCCUGCCCCCAUAACGUGGGCACCAGAUGCCGGUGCUAAACUGUCCUGCAGGCCACCCCCGUUGUCACCAUUUCUACCUUUUACAUGUACAGUAAAACUUGUCGAAGCAUAACGUACUGUGUAUUUCUUCUACAGGAGAUGUGUAGGUUUAUCUGUACAUAAAUAUGCCAUUUUUUUAAUAUAUACACACACAUCUAUGUAUAAAUAAAAAAGUGAAAAAAAAAAAAAAAGAUAUUCAGAGUUUGUGCAAAAAAAAUGUCCCUGCCACCUCAUUUAGUGGACCAUAGAUUAAUAUAUGCUGCUCUUAAAACUGUCUCCAUAUUACCCCCCUCCUGUCCCUCUAGAUCAUUUUGUACAUAUGGUUUUAUUUUUUCAUUGUGCUGAUGAUGAUGAAGAUGAUGAUGAACCUGUGCUGCACCAUGGAGAGACAGGAAGUCUGGAUGUUGUGUGAAAACCUGCCCUCUAGUGGUGGACAGAAGCCACUCUGAGCCCUUCCCCAAAACGAACUUCAUCAUCCUUUCUUACGGACUCACAAAAAAACAAAAAAGAGGACACGUCGACGCACUGGGACGACACGACAAAGCACUUUGAUACAACCGCAUCAACUCAAUGGACUAUUCAAGUAGCCAAGGACAAAAAAAAAAAAA